UUAAAAAAAUGUUUUCUCUUAAUUUAAUUAAAAUAUUUAUUCUUUUAACAAUAUUUUUUAAUUAUGGAAUUUUUGGUUGUACUCACAAUGGAAUUACUUAUCAUAAUGGAGAUGAAUGGUUGGAAAAAAAUGCUUUUGUGGUUAGAUGUACUGUAAAUUCUGAUACUUCUUGGCGGUCUGAGGUUGUUGCUUGUGUAUUGCCUGAUUCUCGUCGAGUUCCUAUACACACAUCGCUUGAGGACGGCAACUCUGUUUGGAAAUGUGAAAAGAAUGACGAAGACCGAAGUGUUCAAUUAAGACAAGCUCCAAGCAAUAAUGCUUUGUGUAAUGGAAUACGUCCUGUUGGAAGUGUUUGGCAAGAAAAAUCAUUUGAAUUAGAAUGUUUGCCAGGUGGAUAUACUCGUUUACGUGCUUGUGUAACCGAAGAAGGAAAUAGAGUUAAAAUAAAUACAACAAGCACUGUUAAUGGUUUUGAUGUUGAAUGUAUUCAAUUUUAUAAUGGAACUAUUAUUUUCCGUGGAGCUAAGCCUGUUCCCCGUGUCGAGCCAAUAGUAUUCCCUCAACCAAUACGUUCACAAUAUGGAGCAGCCGGCCCAAUUAUAACCCCAGCAGUUAGAUGUACAGACGAAAGUGGACGCCCUCGGCAUGUUGGCGAUUAUUGGACAGAAAAUCAUCGUUUCAACAAAACUUGUAGAGAAGGAGGGGCCGUGGAAGUUGUUAAUUGUGUUUCGAAGGAUGGAUAUAGAGUUCCAUUAAAUGGGCAAAUGAUUCUGAAUGGUUACAAAUUUGAAUGUGUAUUGACACCACAUGGGACAAUUAAAUUCUCUUCUUUGCCAGUAACAGAAGGCUAA